GUUUUAUAUAUGUAUUAGAAAACAAAUCCCAUAAUAGCGACUACGAGCAGAGAGAUACGGGCUGUCUAAUAACAAAGCAGACUAGGAGUUAAGUGACUUUCUUCUUUAAUUUAUGUAUUGUAUUGCAUAGUAAUACUAGCUCAGCGUAGGAGCACCUAUAGUUUGUUUUAAGCGGUUUAUAUUAAAAUAAGGUCAGAUUUAGAAGUUUGGGGAAGGUAGUUUGAUACUUAGUUGUUUUUCUUAUACCUUAUUUUUUAACAUUUAUUAUUUUACUGAUUUUAUACUUAUUCUGCACUGAAGCAUGCUUUGGGUAAUUAUAGCAACUUUCUUUUUUACACCUUUACCGGCCCAAGCUGAUCCCUAUAUUAUGGGCUGUCCUGAUCCCUGCGAUAAGUCCUUAUGCGUCCCUCUGCCCGCUGACUGUUAUGCCGGCGAGGUCCUCGACCAGUGCAGCUGCUGUCCGGCGUGUGCCGCCGGAGAGGGCGAGGCUUGCGGCGGCACCGGGAGGUGCGGGGAGGGCAUGGUGUGCCUGGUGUCGGACGGAGUAGGCUUUUCCGCCACGGUGAGGAGGAGAGGAAAAAGCGGCGUGUGCGUGUGUCAGAGCCCGGAGCGGGUGUGCGGCAGCGACGGAGUCACGUACCGAAACGUCUGCGAACUGAGGAGAGUGGCGAACCGGGCCCAGAGACUGCAGCAGCCGCCUGUCAUCUUCAUACAAAGAGGGGCGUGCGGUCAAGGACAGGAGAAUCCAAACAGCUUGAGACACAAGUACAACUUCAUUGCUGAUGUGGUGGAGAAAAUCGCCCCUGCUGUUGUCCAUAUCGAACUGUUCCGCAAGAUGAUGUUCUCCAUGCGUGAAGUGGCCGUGGCAAGUGGUUCGGGGUUCGUGGUCUCGGAAAACGGACUCAUCGUAACCAAUGCACAUGUGGUAGCCAACAAGCAUCGGGUCAAGGUGGAGCUGAAGAAUGGCGCCACCUAUGAUGCCAAGAUCAAGGAUGUCGAUGAGAAGGCUGAUAUUGCACUUAUUAAGAUUGAGACCCCGACGAAGCUUCCCGUGCUGCUGCUGGGCAGAUCAGCUGACUUGCGGCCCGGGGAGUUCGUGGUGGCCGUUGGCAGCCCCUUCUCCUUGCAGAACACCGUCACCACAGGGAUCGUUAGCACAACCCAGCGAGGGGGCAAGGAGCUGGGCCUGCGCAACUCUGACAUGGAUUAUAUCCAGACUGAUGCCAUCAUCAAUUAUGGGAAUUCUGGAGGCCCACUGGUCAAUCUGGAUGGCGAGGUGAUUGGAAUCAACACCCUGAAGGUCACGGCAGGCAUCUCAUUCGCCAUCCCCUCUGACAAAAUACGGCAGUUCCUGGCCGAGUCAUACGGCAGGCAGGCCAAAGUUAAAUCUCAGCAAGCUGACUCCGAUGCUGUUUGCACUUCAGUGAAAACAACAUUAAAGAAGAAAUACAUCGGAGUAAAGAUGAUGACACUCACAGCAGCACUUGCUGUGGAGCUGAAGGCUCAACAGAAAGAUUUCCCUGAUGUCACCUCUGGAGCGUACAUCAUCGAGGUCAUCCCUAAGACACCCGCUGCAGCGGGCGGCCUGAAGGAGCAUGACGUCAUCAUCAGCAUCAACGGGCAGCGCAUCUCUACCACCGGAGAUGUCAGCAGCGCGAUCAAGCGGGACGGCACCCUGCGAUUGGUGGUGCGCCGCGGCAACGAGGACGCCAUCCUCACCAUCAUUCCGGAGGAGAUUGACCCUUGACCACAUCCCCCCACCCCCCCAUCCUCUGGAGCCAACUCUCUGUACAUCCCUGCAGACCAUUAUGGGUGUGGUUUUGAAGUGCCACCACAUUAAGAAUCUGUAAUCAAUAGACUCUUCCCUGUACCAUCAGCUGGGCUGAAAACUCACCCAGUGGUUAGCAAACUGUGCAGAACACAGUCCAAUCUAUGCUACUAGAGGUACGACUGCUCUUCCGAUCUAUGCUACUAGAGGUACGACUGCUCUUCAGUUAGCCUACCAGUGUUCAGUGUAUUAUUUAUCUUUUUUAUUGUUUUUGUACUGCACUUAUGCCACUGUUCGAAACGUCCAUGUGUGGGGAAUUUUAAUUCCCUUUUAAAUUUUAUAUUUGAUGUAUUUUCCUUGAACAACAUGUAUGAGGGGCAAGAAUAAUUUCCAUGUAGUCCAAAUGUUGGUGGAGAUUGGAUAUUAAUAUAUAGGACAUUCAUGUUCAGACAAUAUGGAACAAGUUAGUCCAUUUUGGUUUAUUGCCAUCCUGUUGUUUAGGGGCUGAGAUUUUACCCAGAGUGCAUUUCUUCACCAGUGGCUUUUGUGGUGUGUGGACAGCAACUCACAGGAAGAAAAGGGAGGUUGUAAACUUUCAGCUCAUAAAGGAGUCGGAAUUCCCCCAACAAUGCUGUUGUUCUUGCAUAACCUGUAUCUUCUCAUUUCUGGAUACAUAUUUACUUAUUUUGUAUGCCUAAAAAGCAGUAUACAGUAGAUUUUUACUGGAUAUAGUAAGACAACUGCCUGUCAAAGGCAGUGGUGGAUAUUCAGCUGUUAUUAAAGAUAUCAGUUGAACAGCUACACUCUGCACUAUUCCAUUGUUUGUAUAUAAUGUUUGGUAGCUGAUAUUUUUAUUUUUUAGUAAGUACUGUUCAGUUGGCCACCAUUAUGGAGUAUGUGCUCAUAAUCAUUAGAAAAACCUGGAAGGUGUUGCCCUCUAAUGGACUUUACUGUUGUUACAGUUGAACAGCAGUAAUAAUCUUACUAUAUUAAACUACAUCAUUUUACUUUAUUACCCUGAAUGUAAUCUUUGUCCAUCACCGUAAUUCUUGUGUUGGAGCAUAAUUUGAGAAUAUCGUUGCACAAAAUCUUUUGGGUUUUACUUAAUUAUGAAGAAUCAGAGAAUAAACACAUUGGAAACGUGUGAAUCUUUCACCACAGUCAUAGUUUCAGAUGUUAUUGGAGGACGUCGCCCUCAGAGUCUCUGCCAGAACUGUCAGUAAUAGUUUGCAAUGAAACAAAUCCCUUUAUUAUUAUUAUUAUUAUUAUUAUUAUUAUUAUUAAUAAGUCCUGUCUGAGUGUUGUAAACGAACCCUUUUUGUGUAUGUAAUUGAAAUUAAUAAAUUAUAUUUUGAAGUUUUCUUUUAA